AUGCCUGCUUUUUCUGCUCAUGACACCAAUUCUUCCACCUUUCUCCUAACAGGCUUCCCAGGUCUAGAACGGGAAUAUCCCUGGCUGUCCAUCCCCUUUUCCUGUAUCUAUGCUAUAGUUUUCCUGGGAAACUGCCUGGUGCUGCAUGUGAUCCGGACUGAGCCGAGCCUGCACCAGCCCAUGUUCUAUUUCCUGGCCAUGCUGGCCCUCACUGACCUGAGCAUGGGGCUGUCCACAGUGCACACGGUGCUGGGGAUCUUGUGGGGGCUCAGCCAGGAAGUCAGCCUGGAUGCCUGCAUUGCACAGGCUUAUUUCAUCCACGGCCUUUCCUCCACAGAGUCUGGAGUCCUUCUUGCCAUGGCUUUUGAUCGUUUUACAGCAAUCUGUAAUCCUCUGAGAUACACAUCCAUAUUAACCAAUGCCCGGAUCAUCAAAAUUGGACUGGGGAUUUUAGUUAGGAGUUUUAUGUUCAUCAUUGCUCCCAUAAUCCGCCUAAAGUUUUUCCACUACUGCCGUCCACAUGUCCUCUCUCACUCUUUCUGCCUUCACCAAGACCUGCUGAGACUAGCAUGUUCUGACAUCCGCUUCAACAGUUUCUAUGCUUUGGCUCUGGUGAUUUGUAUCCUUUUGUUUGAUUCCAUGCUAAUUCUUGUAUCCUACAUUCUGAUCAUGCAUUCUGUCUUAGCUAUUGCAUCCCGGGAGGAGCGGCUCAAGUCCUUGCAGACCUGUGUUUCCCAUAUCUGCGCUGUUCUGGUUUUCUAUAUUCCAAUUAUUGGUCUGACUAUGGUGCACCGCUUCGGGAAGCAGCUCUCUCCUGUGGUCCAUGUUCUCAUGGGUAACAUCUAUAUCAUCUUCCCACCCCUGAUGAACCCCAUCAUCUACAGUGUCAAGACCCAACAGAUCCGUGGCAGGAUUCAGAGGUGCUUCUCCAGGAAGAGGGAUUGA